AGUGUGCGUGCGGGUGUGUGUGUGUGCGCGCCUUCCAUAUGUGUAUCGGUUACAGCUCGCUGCACGCUGUCGCUGCCUUUUUGGCAAUCAAAUCUUGUUGUUGUUAUUAUUGCUGUUGUUCUAGCUGCUGUUUUGUUCUAGUUGCUGCUCUGCGUAGACCGUAGACCGCUGCCGCAUUGCCUGAGUUUGGUCAGUAAUCGUCAAACAACGCGCGCGUACGCAUUUUUCUAGCUCGAUACGUUUUUUUUUUGUUGCUGUUUAUUAGCUGACAUCAUUUGGCCAUUGGUCAGACUUGCUCUUGCUCUCUCGCUCUCGCUCUUGCUCUCUCUCUAUUUCUUUCUCUUCGGCGCUUGUGUGUGUGUGUGUUUUUGAGUGGGUGCCUUAAUAAUUUGUUUAUCAAAGCUCCUGCUAACCAACGGUCUCUCUUUUCUUUUGCUUUUCGUUCUCUUUUUUGGGCUUACAGUCAGAGUACCGUUAUGCCUGGCACGUCCUCAAAAGCUGCGAUCGCGGGUUCUGCGUGAACUGGAUCCGAGUACGUGUAACGUGUAACGUUUUACGUUUUAUCGUGUAACGUGUAACGGGUAUCAAGCACAAUACUCGAUACUUUAAGCUGCCAUCUGGCUGGCCUUGCUCUUCAACUUCCUUUCCUUGCCGCCGCUCUGUCGCGCCCCCCCACUCUCGCUACCUGUCUCUCUCGACUCUCUCCCUCUCUAUCGCUUUCCUUCGCUCACUGCUGUCCUCUGUGCCGCAACAAUGUAUUCAGCGGUUCGCACCCACGACUACGAUUAUCCCGAAUCGGAAAUGGAUGAGCGAGAGAGUCUUUACUUUGAUACGAUCUCGCUGGCCGAUUCGGAGGCAGCGGCAGCGGCGGCACAUCGCAAGUCGCUAUCGCAGUCCCGCAAUACCAUUUACCACUCGGCGGUGGAUCUGGCCGGCGAUGAGACGCGCAACAGUUUGAGGAACAGCGCCAUCGUUACGGAUCACAUGAGGCUCGCUGGCUGGCAGCCGGGCUAUCGACAGUCGACGGCGCUGGAGCAUCUGAAUGGUGAUGCCGGUGCUGGUGCUGGUGCUGGUGCCGUUGGCGUUGACCAUACGGACGCUGCCAUUGCUGCCCAGCUGCUGGCAUUGCAAAACGGACGCACACAUCUGCCCACCGGCAUUGGCGUCGCCGGUGGCUAUGGCUAUAGCCGAACGGGCGCUGGCGCUGGCGCGGGCAGCGGUGAUGAUGAGGUCUCUAGACGUCUUUUAAGGCAAAGUAGCACAGUUUCUAAUAGAGAUAAGAAAUUGCCAAUUACAUACUCCCAGUGGAAAUCGAGGACGUAUCGCAGCUUGAAGGAUGGACGCAGCGUGGACUUUGUUCUGGCCUACAACGGCGACGAUAGCGACACGGCGGCCAAAAAGCAGCGUGAAAUCUUCGAGGAGAAUCUAAAGCGCGAGGGCCUAGUGCUAGAGCCCUAUGAUCAGCAAUGGGUGCACUUCACCAAAGUGCAUGCACCGAUGCCGGUGCUGGAGCGGUAUGCGGAAGUGCUAAAGAUCAAGAUGCCAAUGAAGGUGAUCAAGAUGCCAAUGAAGGUGAUACCGGGCCAGGAGCAAAUCAUCGCGGAGAGCCAGCGCGAACUGAAGACCUGCUGGAGUCGCAUGUGCCGCAGACUGUUCAGUUCGGUGCAGCUAAACAAUGAGGUGUUUCCCGAGCGCAGCCAACGCAUCCACAUGGAAUUCGCACGUAAAUACCUCGAGCUGUAUGAUAAGGAGCAUCCCAACUACUUUGAUGACAGCACACGGUAUUCGAUCAUCAAUUUCAUAAUGCAGCGACAGCACUUCGAGAAGGGCGACGAGAAGGCCAAGAGUGUGGGCAUCGAGAAGCUCAUCGAGGAUGGGGUCUACCUCUGCGCCUAUACGCUGCACAAUAAGGUCAAACGUGAUGAUCUGCUGAAGGAAUGGGCGAGCCUACGUAAUUGGAAGAAAAUGCAGCCACUGGAUCACAUCAAGGACUACUUUGGGGCCAAGGUGGCGCUCUACUAUGCCUGGCUGGGCUUCUAUACGCAGAUGCUGAUACCGAUUAGCGUGCUGGGCAUACUCUUCUUUCUCUACGGCUUCGUGACGUGGAACAGUGAUCCGAUUAGCUAUGACAUAUGCAAAGGCAACGAGACGAUCAUGUGCCCUCAGUGCGAUCGUGGCUGCAAGUUCUGGCAUCUGAACGAGACGUGCGCAUCCUCGCGUUUCAACUAUCUGAUUGAUAACAAAAUGACGAUGGUGUUCGCCUUUGUGUUGUCCAUCUGGGCGGUGGCCUACUUGGAGCUGUGGAAGCGCUACUCGGCGGGUCUGGUGCAUCGCUGGGGCCUCACCGGUUUCAAUCAUCAUGUGGAGCAUCCGCGUCCCCAGUACCUGGCCAAACUCCGCAAGUCCAAGAAGCUCAAGGACACACCGCUUGAUCCGGAUGUGCCCUUCUGGAGCUUCAAGUUUCUGCCCAACUUUACCAGCUACAGCAUCGUGGUGUUGUUUAUAUGCAUAUCACUGAUCGGCGUGGCGGCCAUCAUCAUUUAUCGGAUGGCCCAGCGUGCCUCCAGCUCCAUCAUUGGCAACGAGGACUCAAUGACGUACAAGAUCAUGGUGCUGCCAAUAACGGCCGGUUUUCUCGAUCUGCUUGUGAUCUCGGUGCUGGAUCUGGUCUACAGCAAGCUGGCGAUUAGCCUAACCAAUUACGAAUAUUGUCGCACACAAACCGAAUACGACGAGAGUCUCACCAUCAAGAACUAUGUGUUCCAGUUCGUUAACUACUAUUCAUCGUUAUUCUAUAUUGCAUUUCUGAAGGGCAAAUUCGUUGGCUAUCCCUCCAAAUACAAUCGGAUAUUCAGUUUCCGGCAGGAGGAAUGCAAUCCCGGCGGCUGUCUCAUGGAGCUCUGCAUGCAGCUGGUGAUCAUAAUGGGGGGCAAGCAGGCGGUGAAUGCGGUUAUCGAGAUGCUCAUACCAUUUCUGAUGCGUGUCUUCAAUGAGCUGAGCCAACGCUACGAUUUCCUCAAGCGCCACAACGAAAAGAAGGUGCCGUCUAUCAAUCAGUUUACCGAAGACUUUAAUUUGCUGCCAGCCGAGGGCAAUUCAUUGUAUGAGGAGUAUCUGGAGAUGGUGGUGCAGUAUGGCUUCAUCACGUUGUUUAGCUUGGCAUUUCCCUUGGCGCCGCUAUUGGCGCUGAUCAAUAACGUGAUUGAGGUGCGUCUGGAUGCCAUCAAAAUGCUGCGCUUCGUACGGCGUCCCGUGGGCAUGCGAGCUCGCAACAUUGGCGUCUGGCAAAACAUUAUGGCCGUCGUCACACACAUCUCGGUCGCCUCGAGCGCCAUGAUAAUUGCAUUUAGCACGAAUUUUAUACCGAAAUUCGUUUACAAAGCCACCCACGAUGAUCCCGAGCUGGAUGGCUAUCUGAACUUUACGCUGGCUGCAUUUUAUACCAAGGACUACAAGACGCAAUCGCUGCUGGAUGCCAGCAAUGCGGCCAACGUGACGCUCUGCCACUAUAUUGAGUUCCGCAACGAUCCGUGGGUGGACCCACCCUACAAGCGGCCCAUGAUCUACUGGAAGAUCCUGAUGGCCCGCCUGGCCUUCAUAGUCAUCUAUCAAAAUAUCAUCAGCAUGCUGCAGGGCAUUUUGCGCUGGGCUGUGCCCGACGUCUCGGCCCGCCUGCUGAAGCGCAUCAAACGCGAAAACUUUCUGCUGCGCGAGCACAUCAUCGACUAUGAGAAGAGUCAGGUCCAGGAGAUAACGCAGCAGCAACAACUGCAGCAGCAACAGCAACAGCAGCAGCAACAGCAGCAACAGCAGCAACAGUCGCCGCGCCUGCGUCUCAAUGGCAACAGCGACAAUGCAACAACUUUUGUCUAAGACUCAAUCAUGCCCCAGUUUAUUUUGUUUUUGUAGCGUCGAUUCAAGUGCAUUUUAGUUCAUAAGCCUCUUAUUGUGGAUGAUUUAUAUAUAUGUAUAUAUACAUAGAUAGAAACCAAUAUAACUAUAUACUUUUGUAUAUAAUGAAUGUAA